AUGACGAUGCUCAUGGCCAUGGUCUUUCAAACCGACAUCCACACGCCCCUCUACGCAAACUCGUGGACGCCCAGCCAAGCCGGCACCUACGCCGGCACCUGCAUCUUCCUCAUCGCCCUCACCGUCAUCGCUCGCCUUCUAGUAGCCUUUAGAAUUCGCCAGGAGCGCAUCUGGUCCGACAAGGACGCCCAGCGGCGCUACGUCGUCGUCAAUGGCAAGGAGCCCGUGUCGGAGCGCCUCUCGCGAGACCCCGACGCCAAGAGCAUGAACAUGAUGCUCUCGGAGAACGGCGUCGAGGAAAAGGUUUUCGUCGUGCAGAAGAGGCACUCUUCAGUUCAGCCGUGGCGAUUCAGCGUUGAUCCCGUCCGAGCUGCCAUGGACACUGUCAUUGUUGGUGUUGGAUACCUCCUCAUGUUGGCCGUCAUGACCAUGAAUGUCGGAUAUUUCAUGUCUGUCCUUGGUGGAACAUUCCUAGGGAGCCUCCUCGUCGGCCGCUAUUGCCCCCUUCCCUCCCACUAA